CUGAAACGACUGUGGAGUCUCGCAGCGGCGCAGACCUGAGGAGUCACAACUUAACCAUGUCGAGGCUUCUUCGUCGGUCCGCACGUCCCUCUUCUUCCCGGUUCUCUGGACGGAGGCGACCGCUGCUGCUGGACUGAGCUCACGGCCGCGUCGUGUCCCCCAGCCUCCACCUCCUCACCGCCUCCACAGGACGAGCCGCCAGCCGCCAACUCCUGCGAGGGGCAGCCCGGAUAUAUUCAAGGACAUUUUGACGUUUCCAUAGCUACUUUGGCCUUUCCUGUCGUUUGAGGAAACCCAGCGUGCGCGUGUCCGGCGCGAGGAUGUCUCGAGGUUCAGUGAACACGUCCAGGAACGGCGGCUGAAAGCCCGCGGAGAGAGAAACCAAACAUUCCGGGGCUGAGGAUGUUUCUCCUCGCGUCAUCUUUACAUGUCGUACCCGCGCCCCUUCCCCUGCUGACGGGCCACACGCACGGCCGGCAGACGGAAACCAGCGGCUGACUUCAGACCUGUUCGUGUCAGUGAUGGCAUCGCUUCCACAGCUCGACGAGUCGCCUGCUGCCUCGAGCUGAGGAAAACAAGAAAACCUCUCCCCCGCCACACCACCCCACGCUGCCGGUGAGAGCAGUGACCCGCCGAGAGAGCAGAGAGCAGCCGCUGAACUUUAACUCGGAGCCGAAGUGAGCUGCAGCCGCGGGGGAAGCUUCAUCGGCGUGCGUCAGGUCCAGGAAUCAUCGAUGUGGACUUCAGCUGGUGGUUUGACGAGUUUCGCAUAGAAGCCGCGGAGUCUUUCUUGUCCCUCUCCCCCUCCCUUCCCUCUCUCCCUCUCCCAUCCCUCUUCAGUCUUCUCCCUUAUCCCCCUUUCCCCCUGCUCCACGUUUCACCAUGCUCAUCAAGGAGUACCGCAUCCCCAUGCCCAUGAGUGUGGAGGAGUACCGCAUCGCCCAGCUCUAUAUGAUCCAGAAAAAAAGCCGUGAGGAGAGCUGCGGUGAAGGCAGUGGGGUGGAGAUCCUUGAGAAUAAGCCCUACACAGAUGGACCGGGCGGGACGGGCCAGUACACCCACAAGGUCUACCACAUUGGCAUGCACAUUCCCAGCUGGUUCCGCUCCAUCCUGCCCAAAGCGGCGCUGAGGGUUGAAGAGGAGUCCUGGAACGCCUACCCUUACACCCGCACCAGAUACACUUGUCCCUUCGUUGAGAAGUUCUCCAUCGACAUUGAAACCUACUACAAACCUGACACAGGCAACCAGGCUGACGUCUUUAACAUGUCUGCAGUAGAGAAGAGGCAGAGGGCAAUCGACCCAAUUGACAUAGUGACUGACCCCAUCCCCCCUCACGAGUACAAAGCAGAGGAGGAUACACGGCUCUACAAGUCCGCCAAGACCCAGAGGGGUCCCCUGCAAGACGACUGGAUAGAGGAGUACAACGACAACCCAGGGAAGACCCCCAUCAUGUGUGCCUACAAAUUGUGCAAGGUGGAGUUCCGCUACUGGGGCAUGCAGUCGAAGAUUGAGCGCUUCAUUCAUGAUGUUGGACUGAGAAAGGUGAUGGUCCGUGCCCACCGGCAGGCCUGGUGCUGGCAGGAUGAGUGGUACGGUCUGACCAUGGAGGACAUCAGGCAGCUUGAGCUGGAAACUCAGGUGACCCUGGCCAGGAAGAUGGCCCAGUUCAGCCAGGCAGAUGAGGCCACCGAGGCCAAUGGCGGCGCUCCGUCUCCAGACAAAGAUCAGGAAGUCAAAGAAGCGAUCAGCUCCAUUGAAGCAGAGGAUGUGGUUGUCAGCUCAGGGGGAGAGAGUCUGCAGACACGAGGUGUGCUCACUAAGCAGUGGUCCACCUCCUCACGAUCGUCUCGCUCCUCCAAGAGAGGAGUGAGCCCGUCACGUCACAGCCUCUCGGAGUGGAGGAUGCAGAGCAUAGCGCGAGACUCAGACGACAGCUCGGACGAGGAGUUCUUCGACGCUCAUGAGGAUCUCUCAGACAACGAGGAGGUCUUCCCCAAGGAAAUCGCCAAGUGGAACUCCAACGACCUCAUGGACAAGAUUGAAGCGGCGGACACUGAGGAAGCUACUGGCGAGAUGUACAAGGAUAUGACAGUGGAUUAUGAAAGAGCAACAAGCGAGGACAGACUAGAUGAGGAGAGCUCGUCCCAGCAGUGCCUGCAGCCUUCCAAGAUCCACGUGCUGAUCUUGGUUCUGCACGCAGGGAACAUCCUGGACACAGGUGGAGGGGACCAGAACAGCAAGCAGGCGGACGUCAACACUAUUAGCACAGCUUUUGACACAGUCAUGAGUGUUCACUACCCUGCUGCGCUGGGACGCAUCGCCAUCCGCUUGGUGCCCUGCCCUGCCAUCUGUGCCGAGGCCUUCUCCCUGGUGUCCAAUCUGAGCCCUUAUAGCUAUGAUGAGGGAUGUCUGUCCAGCAGCCAGGACCACAUCCCACUGGCAGCGCUGCCCCUGCUGGCCACCUCUGCUCCCCAGUACCAGGAGGCCUUGGCCACCGUCAUCGUCAGAGCCAACCAGGUGUACACCGAUUUUCUAAAGUCCCUGGAAGGGUCUGCCUUCUCCGGCCAGGUUUGUCUCAUUGGGGACUGUGUGGGAGGAAUCUUGGGAUUCGAUGCUCUGUGCAGCAGCAAUCAGACAGUCAAUGAAAGUCAGAACAGCAGCCGCAGGGGCAGUAUCGUCAGUGUCCAGGAUCAGGACCUCCUGUCUCCUGGCAUCAUUGUCAACAGCGGACAUGGCUCAUCCUCCCCGACCCUGGAGGGCAGCCGCCACCUCAGUCGCAGCAACAUCGACAUCCCUCGUGCCGGUGCAGGAGACGACACCAAGAGACAACUGCCGCGCAAGAGGAGUGACUCCUCCACAUAUGAAAUGGACACAAUAAAACAGCACCAGGCCUUCCUGUCCAGCUUGCACUCCAGUGUCUUGCGGAGCGAUGCGGUUUCCCGCAGGUCAAGCAGCAGCACCAUGCUGGAUGGAUGCUCCCUGGGGAAGUUUGACUUUGAGGUGUCCGACUUUUUCCUCUUUGGCUCUCCACUUGGCUUGGUCCUGGCACUGAGAAAGACAGUAAUGCCUAUGCUGGAUGUGGCCCAGCUGCGACCUGCCUGUCAGCAGGUUUACAACCUGUUCCACCCAGCCGAUCCCUCAGCCUCCCGACUGGAGCCUCUGCUGGAGAGGAAGUUCCACCUCCUUCCUCCCUUCAACGUGCCCCGUUACCAACGCUUUCCUCUGGGUGAUGGAAACUCUGCCCUCCUGGUGGAGACAGUCCAGAGCAACGCUCAGCUGCUACUUGACAGCGGGCAUCCCUUGUCCCUUCGCUGUCAGGAGACCAUCAGUGAGACCUGCAUCCCUGUGCCUGUGCUAAACUGGCAGGAGGGCUUCCUCAAAGCCCCACCCGCCACUAUGGAGUCGGAUGUUGUUCAGUCUCAUGGUGGUGUCUUCAUGGACAGUUCGUACCCCUCAUCCCCCGUAACGGGCCCCCUCUCCCGGGGCCAGCGGAGGGCCAGUGAGGUCAGCAUUGCCAGCCAGGUCUCAGGAAUGGCAGACAGUUACACUGCCACCAACAUAGCUAACACCAAUUCAUGCCAAAUUAACCAGUCCAAAAAGCUCAGCCUUUUGUCCCAGCUCGCCUUAUCGUCACAAAAUAAGUUCUUCCUGAAAAGUCCUCCUAAGUCCCGUAAGAAAGCAGGGGUUGACCAGGUGGCGGGAUCUCCCGAUGCAGAUCUAGAGGCAGAGCUGGACGCUGAGGCAGACUCUAACGAACUUCUUAGUCCUACUGACCAGUACGACAACUUCCUGUCACCAGGGCUGGACUAUGCUAUAUCUGAAUUGGUCUUGCUGGACUCCCAGGCUGAAGUUGAGCAAGUUGCUGCACGCUGGUGGGGCACAAAGCGGCUGGACUUCGCCCUGUACUGCCCCGAUGCUCUGACCGCUUUUCCCACAGUGGCUUUACCGCACCUCUUCCACGCAUCUUACUGGGAGUCCACCGAUGUUGUGUCUUUUCUCCUGAGACAAGUCAUGAGGCACGAAAACUCCAGCAUCCUGGAGCUUGAUGGGAAAGAAGUGUCUGAAUUCACCCCGUCCAAACCUCGAGAGAAGUGGCUCCGCAAGAGGACUCAUGUAAAGAUCAGGAAUGUCACUGCCAACCACCGGGUGAAUGAUGCAGUGUUUACUGAGGGCAGUCAGCAGCUGGUGACAGGUCGCUUCAUGUACGGCCCUCUGGACAUGGUCACUUUGGCCGGGGAGAAGGUCGACCUCCACAUUAUGACCCAGCCUCCAUCAGGAGAGUGGGUGUGCUUCAGCACAGAGGUGACGAACAGCAGCGGCCGUGUGUCGUUUAUCCUUCCGGAGGACAAGCGACUGGGCGUCGGAGUCUACCCAGUUAAAAUGGUUGUGAGGGGUGACCACACAUUUGCAGACAGCUACCUGACAAUUAUUCCACGUGGCACAGAGUUUGUGGUAUUCAGUAUUGACGGGUCUUUUGCUGCCAGUGUGUCAAUCAUGGGCAGUGACCCCAAAGUGAGGGCAGGAGCUGUGGACGUUGUCAGGCACUGGCAGGAUUUGGGUUAUUUGAUCAUCUAUGUAACGGGACGUCCAGACAUGCAGAAGCAGCGGGUGGUGGCUUGGUUGUCUCAGCACAACUUCCCUCACGGCAUCGUCUCCUUCUGCGAUGGCCUGGUCCAUGACCCACUCAGACACAAGGCCAAUUUCCUCAAGACUUUAACAGAGGCUCACUUGAAGAUUUUCGCCGGCUACGGAUCAACCAAAGACAUCUCAGUCUACACCGCCAUCGGCCUCCCUUCCUCCCAAAUAUACAUCGUCGGCAGACCCUCCAAGAAGAUGCAGUGCCAGUUCAUCACAGAGGGCUACGCAGCUCACUUGUCCCAGCUGGAAUUCAACCACCGUUCUCGGCCGGCCAAGUCCAGCACCGCUCGCAUGGUGCUGCGCAAAGGCAGCUUCGGCCUGGGCGCCAACAGCGACUUCCUGAGGAAGAGGAACCACCUGCUUCGCACCAUCUCCUCCCAGCCGGCUCCCAGCUCCCCGACGGGCAGCAUCCACAACCGGCCGGAGCGCACGCAGAGCCAGUCGGACAGCGAGCGGCUGGAGAAGGAGCGGCUGGAGCGCGCCCACAGUCAGGGAGCGACCCAGCGCAGCAUGAGCAUCACGGCGAGCUGCUGGGGCCGCAGCAGCAGCACCAAGCUGGAACCAGGAGCUCUCAGCCAAAAAUGAGAUUGGAGAGACAAUGUGAGAGUUCCUUCAGGAGAGUGACUUAUAGAUGCAGUGCUGAUGAAGAGACACGUGACAAUAGGAUAAAUGGAAAGAGGGCAAAGCAGUUUGCUUGCACCAAACGGGUUUUUACUACAAGCAAAAUCACAGGUGCUACAAACCACUUCUUAUAAAACUAAUGCCAGUCACACAUGGACAGAAGCUGCGGCUUUAUUUAUUAUAAAACACACGCACACAGCUCAACAGGCAUUUCAAGAAGCAUCUUCCUGAAGAAAGAACGUGCACACAGACAGACAAAGCUGAUGUUGUUGGAAUACAGACUGUUUCUACUGUUCAGUCAAUAUUUAUCGGUCUUAAUAACAUGUCAGUUUUUCUCCCCUCGCCCCCCAGACUAUAGACAAUGGUAUCAGGUUCUGAUACGACCCAGCAAGCACAAGAAUUACUUCAGAUACACAGUUUGUGAAGAAUAGUUUUAAAACUUGUCCUUUUUAUGAGAGAAUCAGAUUAGUUGUAGUCUGAGAGGAGAGCGGAGAAUCAGGACAAGCUGGACUGAGUGGGUUUCAGUCAUUUAGCCCAGAUUAGUGUUAGAUUUCUUAAGAUUUAUAAACAGCAGAGAGCAAAGAUUUGAUCCAGAGCUGCUAAGUCUCACAUUGAAGCAUUUACAAACGGCAAUGACAAAUUGUACCGUCCAGUUUCGCUUGUUUUCUAUUCGUCCCUCAGACCAAGGAGUCAUCCAAACAUCACAUGGAGCAAACUGCGAAAUUACCCUUUAACUGUGGUCGCAGCUGAAACUGUUCCUGAGGUUUUUAUAGCAUUUCACCAAAAUCCCGCCGCGCCCCGCUGCUGCACCUUCCUAAAGCGUAAUGUAUGACUCCGCUAUAGAGAAAACUCCUGCUACUGUACGGUUAAUGUGCCAAAGCAAACAGUGUAGAAUGAUAUGCUGUACACGAGCAGAGGAUAUGAUGAGGGUGUCCCGUGUAAAAAUGGAAUAGAUUGUGUAAGUAUGUAGUUGAUUUGCCUUCACAAGGCUUGUACAUAAUUGUUAUAUUACAGUGCAGAUCUGGUAUCUGGUCCACUGAAGACCAGUUUCAAGUGUCUUCUUUCCUUUGGGGAUGAAAACCGCCUCAUUCAGGAUACACUUUAUUGAUUGAUGAUGAUAAUUAUUGUUAUUUAAGAUUAUAGAUAUUUUAAAAUGUCUUGAUUAUGUGAACAAAAUGUGUUUUAAGAUUACUUUAGCUAUAUUGUGUGUGUGUGUAAAACUUUUUCCAAACUUCAGUCGCAGCAGCCACAAGUCAGGUCUUUGCCUGGCACAGUAUUGUAUUUUUAUUAUUUUAUCCCGCAGAUCACCAGAAUUGUAUCAACGGAACUGCUAUCUCGUGUCAUAUAUUGUAUGUAUGUUAUUAUCUAUUUUGGAAAUUUUUGAUAUGGCUUCUCUCUGGUUAUACCUAAGCUGUAAAUGAGGCGCUGAAUGUGCUCAUAGAUAAUCCUCCUGAGGUUAAGGUCUCGUUCUCCCGUUCUGCUGGAAGUCGAAAAUCUGCAAUGUGUAAAUGCUGUUAAUGCUGCCAGGAGUGGGAGAGCAGAGCAAAGAUUUAUUAUUUUUCAGUUUUAUUCAUCCGGACGAUGUUGAUUUGUCCCUCCCACAGGCGUGGGCGGAGCUGACUGCAGUGGACCAAUGAGGGCUCGAGUGUGAGGGGAAACAUGCAAUAUAUUACUCAACUACACCACACGAUCAAGCUGACUGUUGAAGAAAUGUCACAGUGCAUUGACAAUCAGUUGAACAGGCACAUAUUCUGCGUACAUCAAGCUGCGUUGACACAAACACACACACACACACAAACACACAUAUGCAUGCCCAUUUAAAUAUAAAAUAACCCUUAGUUCCACAUUGGGCGAAAGUUACCGAGGUAGAUUUCCCCACAGUAAAGUCUGCCUGCUGUGACAUUCCAGUAGGUUUACUCCUGUGGACGCACACAUGCUCAGUCUUUGAUUUAGUUGUUGAUGUUUCAGUUCCAGCAUAUGAACCAACACAACACUGACUGUGACUGACCCAGGAUGUCAACACUUGACUUGCUAGAGAUAAGGCAGUCAGCCCGACGCCAACGUUCAUGCGGGUUCAGCACUUGGACUGGCAAUGCAAGUGAAAGGUCAUUUCCAGGCCUGUGGUUUAUGGUGCUGUUAAAUAGACUGUCCCUGAGGCUUUUAAUAGCAUAGCAUAUAGCAGCAUGUUCACACUGCGGCUGUUUCCCUCUAACGUCCUCUUCAGGUCGGGAAUUUCAAAUCUGGAGUCACAUGACACCAUGUUUCAGAGCUAAACAACAUAUUAGAUAGCUCAUAAGAUGCAGCGACAUCUUAAUAGAAAAACAGCCCUCUUGGCUAGAAGAAGGUUGAAUGCUAAGAGGAAUGUUUGUGGAUAGCUUUAAGCACUUAAUCAUUGGAAGGUCCAUUUAGAUCCCAAGCUUGAUUCCACUGCAUUUUACUUCCAGGCUUUAAUAACUGUGUCCCAGGAAUGUAAGUGCAUCGAUAUUACAAAAUUCAAAUGUGUUUCCCACUAUAUCGGAUUACAGUAUUAAACAGUGAUGUAAGCAAGAAAGUGGCUCAGUGCUAACAUUAGCUGUAGCCGAAUCGUUGGUAAGGAUUCUAUAUCCUGUGAAACAGUACCAGUGGGAAAUUAUAAAAGUUAAGUCUUUGAUAUCUUAGAAACCUGGAUCACAGCAGUACAACUUUACAUCAUUGCUGAGGGGGAAAUGGCCGCUGUUUAAACAUAGUCGAUUGAAAAGAGUUUCUAAUAUUUUCGUCCACUACACAAAUCCAGGGGGAAUAUUAGAGGACUGAGUGAACGUCCCAGUGUAAAUGAACCUCUUCCCUCCCUCCUGUUUCUAUGAUCCUGGUGAAAGACCUCGUUCCUUCUGUCCCUCUGCAUUCUGACUCUUUCAAGAUCAGGUUUGAAGCCAUAUUAACAACUCUUUGGGAAACUGCCAUUUAUUUCAAUAAUGGCUGUUUGUGCGUUCAUAGAAAAGCUACGCUGGAAAAACAUGCACUCGUGUAAAGUUGGAAACUACUGAUCCAUUUCCCCUUCCUCAGAGAUCUUUGAAUUGCCUGGUUAUUACAAUCCAGAGAAUGUAAAAGCCGUAGCGGUUAUCUGUGAAGUUUGGAUACCUCUGGUCAGACACUUGCUUCGAUUCUGCUACCGACACACUUUACCGGAGGCCUUACAUUUCCCUUCUCUGCCUUACAUUGACCAAUGUGUUGCGAGGCCUAGAAUGAGGGCUGCUCACACCCGAAUUUACUUCAUGGAAAGGGACCGACUGUUAGUCCUGAUUUUGUGGAAAAGGCUAUAUUUUCUUAAAAGGAUGUGGUUUUCUUUCACAAAAAAAAAAAGGAGAAAUGUUUUUGACAUAUUUCACCGAUGUAAGGGAAGUCACCUCUCUCCAGCUCUGUGCCCCGGGUAAUGCAAUGCCACAGUUUCCCCAUCAGUUCCCAUUGACAGGCUAUAAAUACACAAACAACAAACCUUGGUAAAUUAAGCGUAGAGAAUAUCUUCAUUGUACAGCGUGUGUAUCUUGUAGAUUUUGGAUAAUUUUCAUUUUAUCCAUCCCCUUGUUUUUAUGCACAGUGUAUAAAGAACAUAAAGAACAACAAAGUCAUUUGGGCCUUUUUUUCCACAUACAUACGAAUAUGAACAAGACAACAGUUCAGCUUGAUUUCAACAGAAUUCAUUUAACUAAUCAAACUUUAUUUUUCUGGGAUAAGCUCAAAUAAAUUAAGAUUUAUUCAGAGACACAAUGUGAGUUAUAAAAUGUGCGAAGUGGGUU